UUGAAACGUUCGAGAUUUAAACGGAGCUAGCAUGCGCGCAGCAGCGACCGAGCGCAAAAGGCCCGAGAGCGGAGCCCAGGAUCCGCUCAAGCAGACCCAGCGUGCGCUGGCCGAAGCGCAAAAAACCAUUGCCGAGCAGCAGCAGCGUGAGAAGGAGCUCAAGAAGCUGCUCGAGCUCCAGAGCCUUGUCGAGAGUGGCGAUGGCACGAACGCGCUUCUCGAAGCCAAGACGCAAGCGCUCAACAACAUUCAUUCGCAAAAAGUCCGAUCGCUCAUGAAGUCGAUCCACCAGCUGCAAGAGCAAGUGGGUGUCAUGAAGGCGCAAGACAACGAACACCGCCGGUCCGCACUCAUCCAAAGCUUGCGCAAGAAGCAGCGCGAGCAAGAUUUGCUCAUCGACGUCCUCAAAGAGGCGCUCGCGACCAAAGCCCCCGAGUUCCAAGACUCGUUGCCGCUUGUGAACGAAUUUGUGCUCAAAAAGACACUCAGUGGCCCCAAGCGAUUCCGGCCCAAGACUCGCGAGGAGCUCGAGCUCGAGUUUCUCGAUCUAGAUAAGAAAUACAAGCGCGCUGUUCAAAGCCUCAAGUCGACCAAAGCAGCGAUGACCUCCAACGCCAAAGAGGAAGUGUCGCCCCAAGACAACGGCGACGUGUGCGAGGACGGCGAGGCCAAGUCUAUCGCCGCCAACGACGCGGAAGCUGUCAAGACCCUUCAAGAAGAAGUGGACCGACUUCGCAUUGCUAUUGCGUCCAAAGAUGUCAACCUCCACGCACAGUUGACCGAGAUCGAGACGCUGCACCAACAGCUUGCACAGCUUACGGCCAUUCAAGACAAGUACGAUCGGGCCAAGCAAAAGUACGCAGCGAGCAAGGAAGCACUUGAGAAGACCCAACACGACUCGAUCCAACUCAUCCAGGAAAAGGAAAAAGAGAGCGAGGCGCGAGCGCAAGCCGAAGCCGAGCUCGUCUUUUUCAAGGAAGCCCAUGCCAACGAUGUGGCACAGAGCGAUCGCGAAAAGCUCGACCUCCUCGAACGCAUCAAAGCCAUGCACGCGCACGAAAUCGACCUCCAAACGCAGCUUGAAGAUCAGCAAAAGAAAUGGUGUCUCGACCGGUCCCAUCUGCAUGCGCAGCUACGAGCCCUUGAGAAGCAGCUGCAAACCGCCACUGAUGAAGCGCAGACUGCCCGCGCAGCCACCGACACCCUGCUGCAGGCCAAGGAGUCCAUGUCGCAAAAAAUCGUCGAGUUGAACGCCGCACUUGCCGCCGCGACGGCGGCCAAGGUUGUCGUUGCGACGUCCUCUGCACCAGGGCCAAGCGCGCAAGAACUGGCCGUGCAGCAAGUCACAUGGCAGCAAGCCAUCGACGAGCGCGAUCUCAAACUACGGGCGCUCGACAAGCAAGUAUUGGCCGCCAAGCUCUUGGCGCGGCAAAGCAAGAAGGAAAAAGAACAGAUGUUGCAGCAAAUCGACAAGCUCCGCACGUUGCUGGCCGACGCCGCCCCGAAAACCGAAGCGUCCGCGCUGCUCUCGCAGCUCAAAGCGUCGACCGAGCGGCCCUCCACGGAUGGAAGUGGUUCGUAGUGCCCAGCAUCCUUAUGUUAUGGCUCCUAAUCAAAGAACCCGCUGCUCUGCGUUGGUGUGUGGUGCAGCUGCUGGAAUAAGCUGCAGCCCGAGAGCGCGCACAGCAAGAGACAAA